AUGAUCUCAAAUAUAUUAAAUAUAAUUGUGGGUACUUCCAGUUUUGUAUACACUUGCUACAUUUUAUGCAGACUGACAUAUUUCUUGUCAAGUUAUGAAGAUAAUGAAAAUUUACACACAGUAUUAGAUGACAAUGUAGACAAAUCUACUUUAUGGUCUCUGCUAACAGAUAUGUUACUCAUUACAAUAUUUAUCUUUCAACACUCUAUCAUGACUAAUGAACUUGCUAAACAUACCUUCUGUAAGUUAAACAUUAACUGUCUUAAUAGGAGUAUUUACAAUGUCUGUAGCUCAGCAAGUCUCCACCUUUUAAUUAAUAAAUGGCAGCAGACUCCAACUGUAACAAUCUGGAGGUUUGACACUUCCAAUAAAGCAAUCUGGAUGACAUUUUCUAUCCUCCAUAUAUUUGCUUGGAGUGUUAUUUACAGUGGAUGCAUUAUGAUGGACAUUGCUGAGCUUUGUGGACUCAAGCAGAUAUGGUACAAAGUGUCUAACAAAGAUGGUCUACUGGAUACAAAAUCUAAAGAGUUAUGUAGAUACAUGAGACAUAUGAGGCAUCCUAGUUUUACAGGAUUUUUUAUUAUUUUGUGGAUUUAUCCCAUUAUGAGUGCAGAUCGUGUAAUAUUGGGCACCAUAUUGACAUUAUACAUGACAUUAUUAUGGACAAUAGAUUCCGAAGACUAUAAUUAUCACGUUAGAUAUUUCAGACAGAAACAAAUAGAGUUGUCUUAA